AUGGGUCGCGGUGGGGCGUCCUCUCCCUCUCUCUCUACCCUUUCUACCGCCGCGUCUCCCAUUGCUCCGCCUGCCAGUGUCCUUCGCACCUCCUCCCUCCACCCGUGGGGAUGGCAGGGUCUAAGGGUCCCAGGAAGGAUAGAGCUAGGGAGAGGGAUGGGGUUACAUCCAGGCACAGGAUUGGCAGGAGGAUUUCAGGGCACAGGUGCAGCAGGAGUAGGAGCGGGUGUUGGAAGGGGUAGAGGGUUUAGAAGAGCUGGUUCCUUGGGUGUAGUUGCGGCGGUUUCUGGUGCAGGUGCAUCUGGGGGAGGGGGAGACUCGUCUGGUUCGUCCACGUCACAGUGGAAGGCAGGAGGGGCGGCUGGUAGCAGCAAAUCGAAAGCUGCCAGCUCAGCAUCAGGCCCUCCAGGGAAAGCAGCAGGGGGGGCGAAGAAGGCGAAAGCGGCGAAGAAACGGUCGCAGGGCACGUCAGCAUCAGCAGCUGCUGACGUGGAUAAGGACUGGGAUCCGAUCACUGAGUUACUAGAGCGAGUGCCGAACCGGGUGGAACCGCAGGUUCGGGUGAACGGGCAGCUGAUGUCGCUCAAGGAGGCGGAGGCUCGGGCCGUUCCUGCGCCGAUCCGAGCCUUUAACGCUCUAGAGCAAGGAGUUGAAAGCGCCCGUGAGGCGGCCUUGGGAAAGCUGGCGGAGGUUCUAGGAGGGGUGGAUAAGGAGGUGAUUAUAGAGGAAGGGAGUGAAGACGAGGGGUUGGCAGCAGAGGGAAGGGAAGGAAAGGAAGGGAAACAGUCUCAACAGGGACUGUCCUCAGGCUCAGGUGCUGCCUCGUCCGCUGAUGCUACUCAGCCAGCCAAUCCCGUAUACCUGAAAGAUCUCCUGCGCGAGUUUAAGGGGGAGUUGGUGGUUCCGGAGGAGGCGUUCGCCCCGCGUGUGGUGGAAACCACCGCGUUUGAGCGCGCGCUGGCGGACGCUCCGCCCAUGAGCGCGGCGGAGUUUCUGGGUUUUGCGGAGAAGAAGCAGGUGAAGCUGGUGACGUCACGCGGGCUGAAGAGGCGAGAUGGGAGGUUUGAGUACUGGGACGUGCUGGUGCAGCUGAAGGAGGUGCCGGGGGAUUCGGCCUUGCAGACCAACACCUGGCGGCUCAAGGUGGACUCGCGGUCCGUGCCGGCAGUGCUGGCGGCCUAUAAGGGUCCGCAGAAGGAGGUGGAGACGGUGUACUCGACAUUUGUCGAGGUCCCAUCAGCUAAGCCCCUCCCAGCAGCCUCCACCAUCUCCGGACGAAUCUUCCUGGAAUGUUCCAUCCUAUCAGCCAUCCUCCAAUCCUUCCUCUCAGCCCUCAUCGCUUCUUCCACCGCCGCCCUUCUCCUAGCCUCCUCCGCCGUACUCUUUAUAGUCCGAUCCGUUUUGUGGCCCCUGGCGAAACCCCUGCUGACGCCUGUAGCCUGGGUUGUAGCGGCUGUAGUGAAGCAGAUAGCCGCUGUGCUUACUGCCACGUGGGCCAGUCUAUUCGCUCCGGGCAGCAGCAGCCUGUUUGGAUUCCUGCAGUUACAGCUGGCGGCGAUGUUUGGGAGCGGGGGGAUAGCGAGCGGGGUGACUGGCGCUGCUGCCACUGCGUCAGGAGAUGCCAUUACUGACGUGGCAGUUGACCUGGCGCGGGAUAUUUUUAUCGGGAAGCUGAAGAGUUCGGCGAAAGCGGUGGGGAUGAUGGUGUUUGUGGUGCUGUUCAUGGCAGCAGGAGCUAAAUUCACGCUCAACAGACGCACUAGGGACUACACCAAAUGGGACAUUUGGCAAGCCAUUGAGUUCGGCCAGUCGAAGCCUCAGGCUCGAGUGGAGGGCUCCACGGGAGUGAAGUUUGAGGAUGUGGCAGGCAUCGAUGAGACCGUGCAGGAGUUACAGGAGCUCGUGGAGUAUCUCAAAGACCCCCAGCGCUUCAACCUCAUGGGAACCAAGCCCCCGCACGGCGUGCUGCUGGAAGGGCCUCCUGGCUGUGGCAAGACACUUCUGGCAAAAGCGAUAGCAGGCGAGGCAGGGGUGCCAUUCUACCAGAUGGCGGGCUCCGAGUUUGCAGAAGUGCUGGUGGGAGUGGGGGCAGCUCGUGUGCGGGAUCUGUUCAAGCGAGCCAAGGUCAACAAGCCCGCGGUCGUCUUCAUUGAUGAAAUCGACGCUCUUGGUGCCGCCCGGUCGUCAGCAGGGGGUGAUGAAGGCGCGGAUGCGGGGGUGACGGAGAGAGAGACGACCCUCAACCAGCUGCUCAUCGAGCUUGAUGGCUUUGACACCGGCCAGGGGGUGGUGUUCAUCGGCGCCACCAACCGCAUGGACAUGCUGGAUGCUGCCCUGCUGCGACCAGGGCGGUUCGACAGAAAGAUCACCAUCGUGCCUCCAGGCUCCAAGGGCAGGGCGGAGGUGCUGCGGGUGCAUGCCAAGAAGGUCAAGAUGAGCCCUCACGUGGACCUCGACACCAUUGCAAGCAACCUCGCAGGGUGGAGUGGUGCGCAGCUGGCGAAUCUGCUGCAGGAGGCGGCGCUGGUGGCGGUGAGGAGGGGGGCGGGGGAGAUAGAGGACGAGGAUCUCAACACGGCAGCGGACCGCCUCACCCUCGGCACGCCCCGGGAGCGAUGGGGGGCGGAGCAGGGGAAACACCCGCUGCUGGUGCGGAGAAUGGCGGUGCACGAGGCGGGGCUGGCGUUGACGGCGCUGCUGCUGAUUGAGUAUGACGACGCGCAGGUGGAGCCACCACAACGGCUUUCGAUCGUGCCCCGAGGCGAGGUGAUGCUGGGCGGCCGGGCGGCGGAGGAGGUGGUGUGGGGGCGGGACAGCAGCACGUACAGUCAGCGCCACGUGGCGGAUGCUUCCUGGAUGGCGUACAAGUUUGUCUCCAUAUGGCACAUGGCAGGGAAGAUGGCACAUGGCGGGGAAGGUGCUCCCUCGGGGCAUCCCGCCAGCCUGGAAGCGUCGCAGCACUGCCAGCGGCCCCUCGCUGGGCUUCGGCCCCUAAACCCGCGCCCUGUGCUGUGCCCCCUUCACCCCCCCUCCCCUCUCCCCCUCCCAGAUGGCACAUCGCGGGGAAGGUAUUGCCUCGAG